ACUUCAGUCACGUUCAGAGAGGCACUGGAAAGCGUUGAGGAGUGUCGAGCAUUGUUGUGCGCGGGCGUUCGUGGUUCCGUUUUGCAUGACGUUAAUUUACUGUGUAUUGAAAGAUCGCGCAUUUUGCAUGAUCCUCAGUUGAAAAUUAACUCCAAAAUGCCAAAAAGGAAAAAUCAAGCUCUUAUCGAUACUGAGAGCAGUGGAAAUGCGUCGGAAUCCGGUUCAGAUUUAGACAGCGAAUUACUGUCAUUGGCAAAGAAAAAAAAGAGUAAGACUCAAGAUGAUUCCCAAUCCAAUGAAGAUAACGAUUCUACUCAAAAAGAUGAGAAACAGGCUGGGUAUGACACUUCAGAUUCUGACGAGGACUGGGGUUCGAAAGGUGGUAAGACAAAGAAGAAAAAAUCACCGACAAAGAGAAAUAAACGAAAAGUUACAAAAUCUAGUUCAGAAGAUAGUGGAAGUGAAAAGGAACCAGAAAAGUAUUCUGAACCGGAAGAAGGAGAGGUAUCGGAUUCUGAUGCGAGUGUCUCAGAUUCCAGUCAGGAAGAGUUCAACGAUGGAUAUGAUGAUAAGCUAAUGGGGGAUGCCGAGGACCAAGCGCGACUUGCCCAGAUGACGGAAAAAGAAAGAGAACAAGAAAUCUUCAAACGCAUUGAACAAAGAGAAAUCAUGAAGACGAGAUUUGAAAUUGAAAAGAAACUUCGAAUGGCUAAAAAGCAGGAAUUGAAGAAACAGAAAGAGUUCAAAAAGAAGGAGAGGGGAGUAGAAGAGAAAAAGUUUGAUAGAGCUCCGGAUCCGAAAGAGAGAAGUAAAGAUCGUAAGAAAACGAUAGAAGAGAAACAAGACAAAAAAUUCCAUGCCAUGUCCCUAUUGAAGGCAAGGCGAGAGGAGAAAAAAGAAAGAGAGGAAAAAGAAAAACAACGGAUGGAACAGCAACAACAACAAACAAAAGACAUUGAAGAAGAAGAGCUAGAAGAUGAUCAUAAAGGUGGAGCGAAUAAAACAAAACUUAAAGCUUCCGAUAUAUACUCUGAUGAUAGUGGAUCAUCCGACAGUGCCGAAGAAGAAGAGCCAUCAAAGCCUGCAUCACACCAUAGGUCCUCGUCAAGUGAGAGUAGAGAAUCAGACUGGGACAAUGACAAAAAGUCGGUAUCAAGUCACAAGAGUAAGCCAAAAAAACCUGUGUAUGUAAGCACUAAAGAAGACUUGAACAAAAUUAGAUUAUCACGACACAAGAUGGAGAGAUUUGUGCAUCUUCCAUUCUUCGAACGAAUAGUUCAAGGCUGUUUUGUAAGGAUUGGCAUUGGCAACAAUAAUGGAAAACCAGUUUACAGAGUAGCCGAAGUAAGUGGUGUAUGUGAAACAGGAAAAAUUUAUCAGUUGGGUGGUACUAGAACAAACAAAGGAUUAAAAUUAAGACACGGCGCUCAGGAGCGUGUCUUCAGAUUAGAGUUUGUGUCAAAUCAAGAAUUUACGGAAUCCGAAUUCUUUAAGUGGAAAGAAACCUGUGCCUUGCAAGGUAUCUCAAUGCCAACGUUUGAGGAACUUGAACAAAAAUUGAAAGAUAUCAGAGAAGCAGUGGUAUACGAAUUCAAGGAAGAAGACAUUGAGAAAAUUGUAAGGGAAAAGGAAAGGUUCAAGCAAAAUCCUUAUAAUUAUGCCAUGAAGAAAGCACAGCUAAUGCGAGACAGAGACGCAGCCAACUGCAGAGGUGACGACGAGUUAGCUAGUCAGCUAAAUCAAGAAUUGAGCGAAUUGGAAGAGCGUGCAUCAGAGCUAGAUAAAAUGCGCACAGCAACAAUUUCUAGUAUUUCGUACAUUAAUGAUCGAAAUAGAAAGAAAAAUGUUGAAGAAGCUGAAAAAGCAAUAAUGGAGGAGAUUAAGGCAAACAAGGGGAAGCAGAUAGAUGAUCCGUUUACCAGGCGAAGUACAAAGCCACGAAUGGUAUAUAAGCCCAAAGACGAAGAAGUUCCUUCUUUAGCAACCACAGAGGCAAAGGCAAGCCCUCAACCAGCUGCUGAUACCGUUGCUUCGACUAAUGAGAAGGAGAAUGGGCAAGAAGUUAAAAAGAAACAAAGCACCGAAGAUCUCUUUAAUGCCCAUGACUUUGACAUCACGAUAGAUUUAGAGGUACCCAUUCCAAAUAAUCCUGUCAGUGUCUUACCUAAACCCAUUAGUAACGUAAAGGACACUGGACCUAGACGAUCUUUGAAUUUAGAGGAUUACAAGAAAAAGCGUGGACUCAUCUAACAUUAUUUGCAUCGUAACCUUGGAAAGGAAAAUGUGGAAUUUGUUAGUUGCAUUAAGGUUACCGUUCGGUAAUUACAAAUAGUGAUUAUUGUUGAGAUGUCUAACUGGUUGAGAACAUAAGAAAGACUACAGGUGCUGUUUGUAAGAAUACAUUUCUUUGCAGUAGGACAUUAAUUAUAUUGAAAUUGUCAUUUAUUUAAUUUUUAAUAAUGUAUUUUUUUUGGCUUUUUAAUGUUUUCAAAUGAGCCAUGAUAUUAUGGCAACGAUUAUCUUUGUCGUACAGAUUAACUUCAAUAGAAUUUCAACAAUUAAUCUUAAAACUAGUUAGCAAUUGACUUUUUUUUUCAAUUAUUAGUAUAUAUUUCAGCAAAAUCUGCUAUUAAAUGACUCUCAAGACCGAUAUUUCAUAUCGAUAACAUAAAAUAAUAUGUUGGUUACUUGGGCGAGUCUUCGUAGCUUUCUUUCAUAAACCUUAGAUAAUAAACGCGUUAUUAGUUUGAUCAUUUGAUGAUAGAUUGAUACAUUUCCGUAUUUAGAAAAUCAUUGUAUACAACCUGUGUGAUGGUGAAGAAAAUGAGUGAUUCUGAUAAUGGGUAUUGACGUCUGUACAUACAUAGUUUUACCUGGUAAAUUAGUACUAAUAUUUAAUGUCUCAAAAUCUAUAGGUUUAACCUAUUUUAAGUGAUAAAUCAACUGCUGUA